GCGGUUUGUCCCUUGCCGGUCGCCGUUGCCGGUAAACUGUUUUGGCUUGAGUGGUCCAAAAUGGCGAUGGACUACACGUCCACGUCCACAGCUGGGCUUUCUUACCAAAAUGUUGGGGAUUACUACCCCAGAAAACUCGGCCCCAAGCCGGACGUGGUUCCGUGUGGAGUGACCGAGAGGAAAGUGAGUCCCUUGGACAAACCUGACAUGGUGGCGGUGGAUGUUAUCAGCCUCAAUGAACCAGAUAUUCCAGUUCAUCGGAAAAAGCAAGAAACUGACACCUACGUUUUGAGCUCCUUCCACCCGUUCCGGCGCACACACAGGUCUUUCCUGGGGAAGUUUAAAGCAGAGGUGCGGCUGGUCACUGGAGACAGACGGUCCUGGAGGAUCCUGCUGUUUGGCCUCCUGAACGUGAUCUGUACCGGCUGCCUGCUGAUGUGGUGCAGCUCCACCAACAGCAUGGCUUUAACUGCCUACAGCUACCUCACCAUCUUUGACUUCUUCAGUUUGAUCACCUGCCUGGUGAGUUUCUGGGUGAGCAUGAAGAAGGCCAGCCCAGUGUACUCGUUUGGGUUCGAGAGGUUUGAGGUUCUGGCCGUCUUCGCCUCCACUGUACUGGCCCAGCUUGGAGCACUGUUCAUCCUCAAAGAGAGUGUGGAACGCUUAAUGGAGCGGCCAGAGAUUCACACGGGACGGCUCCUGGUGGGCACGUUUGUGGCUCUGUUCUUCAACCUGCUGACGAUGCUGUCCGUCAAGAAUCGCCCCUUCCUGUACGUCUCUGAAGCUGCCAGCAGCAGUUGGCUCCAGGAGCAUGUGGCAGACCUGAGCCGUAGUGUGUGUGGGAUGGUCCCAGGGCUCAGCAGUGUGCUCCUGCCGCGGAUGAACCCCUUCGUGCUGAUGGACCUGGCGGGCGCGCUCGCCCUCUGCGUCACCUACGCGCUCAUCGAGAUCAAUGACUACAGUGCGGUGGACACAGCAUCUGCGGUUGCCAUCGCUCUGAUGACCUUCAGCACCAUGUAUCCCAUGAGCGUGUACAGCGGGAAGGUUCUGCUCCAGACCACACCCUCGCAUGUGAUUGGUCAGCUUGAUAAACUGCUUCGGGAGGUGUCCACUCUGGACGGGGUUCUGGAGGUGAGGAACGAGCACUUCUGGACCAUCGGCUUCGGCUCCUUGGGGGGCUCUGUGCAUGUGCGUAUUCGGCGGGAUGCCAGUGAGCAGAUGGUUUUGGCCCACGUGACGAGCCGGCUCUCCUCCCUGGUUACGGCGCUCACCGUGCAGAUACUCAAAGACGAUUGGACACGCCCGUCCCAUGUGACUGGCGUGCUGCCGGCCGGGGUCAUGACCCCUGUGGAAUACGGGGUCCCGCUCGCUCCCCCCAGACCCAGCGAGGAGGCGGACCCCCUCACCUCCACGCCCUCCAAACCCACCAGCCCCCCCCCCGAGUUCGCCUUCCACACCCCCGGCCGCAACGCCCCGCCCCUGGCCCUGCCCAGCGCCCACCAGCACAGGCCCCUCAGCCUGGGCCUCGCCUACGCUGCCGGCCCCUACGGGAGCAUGCUGGGGCAGGGCCUGAACCGGCCGGGAGGGGGCCCUCAUGGAGCCCUCGCACCCCAGAGCUACAGGACUGCGUUUGGCACGGUCCCCCAGCGGUACGCCGCCCAGCCCAGCGGGGCUCAGUUUGGGCUGUACCGGCCCUGACCCAGCCCAGUGGGGCUCAGUUUGGGCUGUACCGGCCCUGACCCAGCGGGGCUCAGUUUGGGCUGUACCGGCCCUGACCCAGCCCAGCGGGGCUCAGUUUGGGCUGUACCGGCCCUGACCCAGCUCAGUUUGGGCUGUACCGGCCCUGACCCAGCUCAGUUUGGGCUGUACCGGCCCUGACCCAGCGGGGCUCAGUUUGGGCUGUACUGGCCCUGACCCAGCCCAGCGGGGCUCAGUUUGGGCUGUACCGGCCCUGACCCAGCUCAGUUUGGGCUGUACCGGCCCUGACCCAGCUCAGUUUGGGCUGUACCGGCCCUGACCCCGCCCAGUGGGACAGAGAACACAUAGUAUUUAUUUUCAUCUGCUUAAGACUCCAGCAUAUCCGUCUUCUUUCUGUUGUUGUUGUGUUACGCCUCCUCGACCAUGUUUUUUAUACGCCACUAUUAUUCCUGAAAAGUGAAAAUGUUUUGAGCACAAAUGAGCGACCGUGUAAGAAUCGUACCCUUCAGAUCAUUCCACUGAUGAUGACUUUCUGUAUGAACUGUGUAUUAUCCGAUAAAGCGGACGGUUAUGAUUAAAGGUUAAUGGACA